AUGGAAAUUAAGAAAGACAUCCAAUUCCUGAAAUUAGAUGAACAAAAUGAAGCUAAAUCAACGUAUGAACAAAUAGAAAAAGAUAGGGUUCAAUUAGUCUCUAAGAUAGAAGAAUUGUAUCAAGAUGUAGUAGAACAUAAAUUAGUAUUGGAAGCUUUAGAAAAUGUUCCAUCUAAUAGAAGAUGUUAUAGAAUGGUUGGUGAAAUUUUGGUUGAAAGGACAGUUGGUGAAAUUAAACCAGCUUUGAUAGAACAUAAAAAUAAGGUAGAACAAAUUAUAAGCGAAUGCCAGAAAAAAUUAGACGAAAAAAACAAUGAAAUUUCAAAAUUUAUGAAAAACUCACAAACAGCUAAUAUACCUAGUAGUAUUACUUCUAAAAAAUCAGUAGAGGGUAACAAUAGUAUUGAUGAUAAAGAUAAAAAAUCUGAAGGCUUAACUUUUUAA